CGCUCUGCGCUUCCUUUCCUCCCGUCUCUCUUCUUGUCGCUCCUUUGGCACCCGAUCGUUUAGCUUUUGUUGAUUUUCGGCUUUUGCGCCGACGCCAGUCUCAUAGCUAAUAUCCCUUCCGCUGUAUCUAAACCAAACAUCAGCCGUCCAAUCCAUAAUGCUUCUCCAUUCGGCGCUCCUGGCGCUCGGCGCAACCCUCGCCGCAGCCGUCCAGCCUUUGGAAGUGCAGGGCCAGUACUUCGUCAACCCCAAGACCGGCAACCGCUUCCAGAUUGUCGGCGUCGCCUACCAGCCGGGCGGCUCCGCCGGCUACAACAAGGAAACCGGCCGUGACCCUCUGAGCGAUCCCGAUGUCUGCCUGCGCGAUGCCGCCCUGCUCCAGAUCCUUGGCGUCAACACUAUCCGCGUCUACAAUGUCAACCCCAAUGUGAACCACGACAAAUGCGCCAGCAUCUUUAACGCCGCCGGCAUGUACAUGGUUGUCGACGUUAACUCGCCCCUGGUAGGCGACUCCCUGACCAGCUGGAACCCCUGGGAGUCAUACUAUGCCGCCUACCUUAACCGCACCUUUGCUGUCGUCGAGGCGUUCAAGAACUACCCCAACACCUUGGCGUUUUUCUCUGGCAACGAGGUUCUCAACAACGAAGACACGGGCGCCACGGUUCCCCCUUACAUGCGUGCCGUCACCCGCGACAUCAAGAACUACGUCAAGAAGCACGUCUCGCGCCCCAUCCCGGUCGGCUACUCGGCCGCCGAUGUCCGGGAGAUUCUGUUCGACACGUACAACUACUUCCAGUGCACCCUGGAGGGUGAUGACGACAACAUGAGCCGCGCCGACAUCUUCGCCCUCAACAGCUACAGCUGGUGCGGCGAGAGCUCCUUUACGGAGUCCAGCUACGACAAACUUGUCAGCGGCUUCAGCGGCGCCGCCGUGCCCAUAUUCUUCUCUGAGUUCGGCUGCAACGAGGUCAAGCCGCGCAUCUUCCAAGAGGUUGGCACCAUCUAUGGCUCGGAGAUGACGGGCAUCUUUUCAGGCGGCGUCGUCUACGAGUACACGCAGGAGCCCAACGACUUUGGCCUGGUUGACAUGCACGACGACGGCUCCGCCGAUCUCAUGCCCGACUUCUUGUCUCUCAAGGAGCAGUACGCCAAGCUUAACUUCACCGAGAUCCAGGGCCAGAAGGCCGCCUCCUCGACCAACACGCCGCCGGUGUGCAGUGCCAGCCUUAUCAAGACAGAGGGCUUCAACAAGAACUUCACCCUCCCCGUGCUGCCCCCCGGCGCCCAGGAGAUCAUCGACGGCGGCGUCCAGCCCAAGCCUGUUGGCAAGAUCGUUACCAUCGACAGCUGGACAGUUAAGCACACCGUCAAGAACCCCGACGGCUCCGAAAUCACCGGCCUGGCCGUCAAGCCGCUGGCCGACGAUGAAACCAACGAACCCGGCAGCAACACCGCCAGUGUCGCCCCGGCCAGCACCACCGGCACCAGCGGCCGCACCAGCACCUCCACGUCACCGGCCGCUAGCACGAGCAGCAACGCCGCUGUCCCCGCGGGCGCGGGCGUCCUGCCUCCCAUGGCCCUUGGCGCGCUUGCCGUCGUGGCUGGUAUUGCGUUUUAGACCAGCCAGCGAGCCAACCGACGAGCUUUCUAGCCAACGGAGAGCCCGGUUUCAAUAUGACUUUUGCUGACGGGACUCAUGUGUCUUCUUAUGUUGCGCCACCAACCAGCUUCUGUUAAAAAUACAAAGGGGUGGGGUGAUAUUGCUGAGGCCGGGUCGGACUGGGUUUGGGAACCUAUUCAACACUGUCUUGGUUAUAAAUAGAGAUGUUGUAUAUGUAUACAGCAAGCAGGGCAGGGCAAUCAUGGACACAAAGGGAAGGAGAGCAGACUUUUCCACUAUUGGUGUUGUACAAGAUGUUCCUCACUGGUCUUCGUCGCGCCGCUUUCUCGGUUUUCUCUUGCUCUUGCUGUUCUCUGUCAUGGGUCAUGCAUCAUCUAAUACCAGAACCUAUUUGUUCUUCUCC